AUGGUGCUUGCGGCAGUGGGUCUACGGCAUGGCUCGACUCGUGGGUCUACCACGGUCUUGUACCAGCUAUUUGCUGUCUCUACAAUCCAUUCCUGUUGUUCGUCGUCUUCCUCCGUCUCAUCUACCACAACUUCCCUCCCCAUGUUUCCCGUCACCGACCGAAGAAGCUCGUGCCUUGAGCGGCUUAAUCUGACGCCUCGUCCAACGACGUUGCCAUUCUUGGAGGGUCGGUGGAGUUUCAAAUGGGUUGGGUCUAGAAGCCCAGGUUUAUUUGCUGCCAAAUUCAUAUCCGAGAGAUUUCCCUCAAAUUUGGCUAAUUUGUCGAAAAUGGAUAUGGUGAUCAAGGAUGGAUAUGCAAGAGUUAUGGCAAACAUGAGAGUUUUGAACUCGAUAGAAACCAAGUUUACUCUGUCAACAAAAUUGACUGUUGAAGGGCCACUUCGAAUGAGAGAGGAAUACACAGGAGGGGUUUUUGAGACACCAAAGGUUAUUGAAGAAAUGGUGCCAGAACAACUUAAAGGUGCACUUGGUCAGGCAGCAAACACAAUACAUCAACUUCCUGUACCUGUUAGGGAUGCUUUCACUGGUGGUCUGAGAGUUCCUUUGAUGUUUGGUCUGAUAUUUCUUGUUCUUUGUCCUGGAAAUAACUGUUGUACGGGACAGAACCCUGUCCUUUCAGCCUGUUAA